AUGCAGAUGGCUAUCCAAUAUUCCAAUCGUGUCCGUUAGCAAUGGAACUUGCAUGUUAAACCAGUGUACUUCUGGAAAAUUUACAGUUACAAUGCAAAGUUUAUCACUUUUUUUCUACGAAUUGUACUUAUCAGAAUGAAUCAUAAGGAACUUGCCAAAAGUGCCAAGCUAAUUCUCUUGUGUAAAGAGCUGCCAUACUUAGGUUACUUUCAAAAUACUGUGAAAAGGACCAAUGAAAAGUGUAAGAAUAGCUGUUUAAUGUGCGUUGGCAGUGCAACUGAUUGUAUAACAUGCAAACCCGGCAGCUUGUACUCUAAUAGAUAAUGCUAAGAUUCAUGCUUAGAUUAAGAAUAUGCCUCUGUUGCUGGAUUUUGUUAUCCCUGCGACCCAGCUUGUAAGGUAUGCAAUGGUUCAUUAGAUUCUAUGUGCUAGAAGUGCAACAUAUGCAAGCCAGGAUAUGAUUUCUUAAAAUCUCUUAAUUGUAGUGGGGAGUGUUUCUAUAAAUCAGGAGUCAACAGAUCACUUGAAUUACCCCCAAAUCCUUAGUUAAUUCCAACUGAUUUUGAUCCUAUUGAAUUAUCUUCUGAAUUAUGGUUUAAAGCUAGAGAUUUGAUGAGUCUUGAAAUUUAAGUUUUAUAGGGGCUAACGUCUAAUAUUGUAAAGCCUUCUGAAAUGAGUUUAGGAGGAUCAAAUGAUUAGAAAUAAUGGGAAUAAAGCUUUGAUGGAUAUAUUAAGGAAUUUAGAUUGUGGAAAGUAGCAAGAACAUCUUUCCAAAUAAAAUACUUCAGAACAGUGUCAUUUAGCUAAGCUUCAAAAGAUAUGAUUUCAUAUUGGAGAUUAGAUGAUAAGAAUGAUGGAACUACCUUUGUAUUUUAUCAAGCUACUUCAAACAAACUUAUAAAAUAUGAUCCUAGACCAAAGAAUUUUAUCAAAGAUUUAGUUGAAUUUAGAAAAACUUAUCUAAAGCUAUGCAAUGAGGGUUAAUAUUCUUACUAUGAUGAAACAUUAGGGUAUUAAACUUGCUUGAUUUGUGAUAAGUUGCAUAAAAAUUGCAUAGAAUCUUGUCCUGAAGGAGAAUAAAUGGACAGAUAGACAGGUUUUUGCUUUAAAUGCAAUCCUAAUUGCAAAGAAUGCUUUGAAAGUCCAAAUAACUGUUCAAUAAGCAAGCAAGGUGCAUUUAGAUAAAAAUAGUUAUGUUGCUGCCUGUCCUGUAGGGAUGUAAUUUCAGUAUGCUCAAUAUUUAAAUUACUCAAUAAGUAACCAUAAGAAACUUAUAUUUAUGGUUGGAAAGUAAUCAGACUUUCAGAUAACUUGGAUGUCACAGAUCCUCACCUAGGAAUGGCAAAAGUUAAGUAUAGCCUUAAGAAUAAGAUUUUAUUCUUUAGUUUAUACAAUUCAUCAGAUAAAGCCUCAGUUACUAUCAAGAAUCUUUAUAACGGAUUUGAUUUCUAUUUUCCUCAUUAUGAUAAUUAAAAUUUUUCAGAAUUUGCAAAUUACUUUAACUCACUAAGUCCUUAUAAAGCUAAAUAAAAACUCAUUAGAUCAUAAAUGCUUCAAAAUAGUAAACUUUCCUGCUUAUAUUGGGAUAAUAAUAAUUGGACUUACGAGUUCUGCCUACUUAUAGGAUUAGAAAAAAUUCACAUAAAAUGCAGAUGUAAUUAUCUGUCAAGUUUUUCUCCAACAUUUGUCACACCCAGAUAAGGUAUUACUCCUGAUGAUAUUUAUACAAAUAAGUAUUCAUAAUCAAAUAUAGAAAAUAGAGAAAAAAUAAAAAUAGAGGAACUUAUAGUUCCAUUCAAUAAAUACUUCAAGAAUCUUGAGGAAUUGCAUCAACAUAAAACUCCAAGUUUAAUAGAUUUUCUAUUCAAACCUGGUGCGUACAUAGUGAUAGUGUUCUGGUUUAUGUACAUUACCUCUCUAUUUUACUAUUCUGGCAAGGAUAGAAUCAAGAGAAGUAAAAUGACUAAAUUGUAGAUUAAAGAUGAUCUUGCAGAAAUUAAAGAUGAUCAUAUUUAGAGAUUUGAUGAAGUUAUUAAAGAGUUAAUGGCUAGAGAUACAUCAUGUUCUUAAGAAAGUCCUCAAAAACUAGCUAGAAACUAGAGUAGCGAAAAGAAAUAAAAUUUUAAUAAAAUAGACAAGACAGAGUAAACUGUUAAAGAUAAGAAAUGUCUUCAUUAUUGA